AAAGCAGUAGCGACUGUCCAACACAUCUCGAAUGGUUGCAUUGGCAACGAGCGGGAGCCCUAAAACAUGACUCAAACACACACAGACCCGCGGGCGAUACACGCCCGCGCUAUCACGAGCGCUAACACCCAUCUUCCCCUCCUCAACAACCUCAUCACCCUCUACUCCAAAUCCAACCUCCUAUCACAUGCCCUCACCCUCUUCCACCUCAUCCCAUCACCCAACGUCGUCUCAUGGACAGCCCUGAUCUCCGCUCACAUCAAUUCCCCCCUCUCCCUGCGUCACUUCCAAUCCAUGCUCCGCCACCCCACCCUGCCCAACCAGCGCACCUUAGCCUCCCUACUCAAAACCUGCGCCUCCCUCUCCGCGCUCUCCUUCGGCCUCCAGCUCCACUCCCUCUCCCUCAAGCUCUAUCUCGCCGCCCAGCCCUUCGCCGCCUCCGCCCUUGUCCACUUUUACGGCAAAUGUCGAUUGCCAGACGAAGCUCGAAAAGUGUUCGACGAAAUUCCCCAAAGAGACGAAGUCUGCUACGCUUCCACGAUCGUCGGUCUCGCGCAGAAUUCCCGGUCUGUCGACGCUCUCUCCGUCUUCGCGGACAUGAAAUCCUGCAAUGUGCCAUCGACCAUGUACAGCCUGUCCGCGGUUCUUUCUGCUGCGGCGGAGCUUGCGGCCUUGGAACAAUGCAGGAUCAUUCAUGCGCAUGCGGUUGUGAGUGGGUUGGAUUCGGAAGUGGUUGUGGGUACGGCGUUGAUGGAUAGCUACGGAAAGUCAGGUUUGGUAUCAGAUGCUCGCCGGGUGUUUGAUGAAAUGCUUCAUAGAAUGAACGUUGUGGGCUGGAAUGCUAUGAUGUCCGGGUAUGCACAGCAGGGUGACAAGAACUCGGUGCUUGAGCUUUUUGAUUCCAUGCGGAUUAGAGGGCUGUUGCCGGAUGAAUAUAGCUUUCUAGCGGUCCUUACGUCCCUGUCCAAUGCCGGUUUGGCUGAGGAGGCUGACUGGUGGCUGACCCAGAUGAAAUUGGAUUAUGGGUUGGAGCCAGGUCUAGAGCAUUACACAUGUUUGGUGGGUGCGAUGGGCCGAGCAGGCCGAAUCGAAGAUGCCGAAAGGGUUGCACUGACAAUGCCAUUCGAGCCAGAUGCCGCUGUCUGGCGAGCAUUGUUAUCAACCUGUGCGUAUCAUGGUGCGGCAGACAUGGCUUGGGCAAUGGGGAAGAGGCUAUUAGAGCUCGACCCAAAUGAUGACUCGGCUUACGUGAUCGUGGCAAAUACGUUCUCGGUUGCGGGGAGAUGGAAUGAAGUUUCGGAAGUGAGGAAGUUGAUGAAAGACAGAAGAGUGAAGAAGGAAGGUGGGAGGAGUUGGAUUGAGGUGCGAGGGGAGGUUCAUGUGUUUCUGGCGGGGGAUCGGAGGCAUGCAAGGGUGGACGAGGUUUAUGCGAAGUUGGCGGAGUUGAUGGGGGAGAUUGAGAAGUUGGGGUACGUGCCGAUAUGGGAUGAGCUGUUGCAUGAAGUGGAGGAAGGGCAGAAGAGGGAAGCCCUCUGGUAUCACAGUGAGAAAUUGGCGGUGGCGUUUGGGGUGGUGAGUGGGGUGGCGCCGGGCAAGGCUUUAAGGAUAGUGAAGAAUUUGAGGAUAUGUAGGGAUUGUCAUGAAGCUUUCAAGUACAUUGGCAGGGUGGUAGAGAGGGAAAUCAUUGUGAGGGAUGUUAACAGAUACCAUAGAUUUUUGAAUGGUGCCUGUAAUUGUAGAGAUAUUUGGUAACUUAUUCGAUAGGAAACAACAACAAAAUUUCCCGGACGAGUUUUAUUUAUUUUGUUUUUUUUUUUUUUUUGCCAGAGGAUUUUCCUUAGAAAUGUUGAUGAUGAACUUGUUUUCAGCCUCAGGUCCGUUUGGAACUCAGAAAAUGUUAAAAUAUCAAAAAAUUCUUAUUUUAAUGUUUGAUGAUAAGAAGAAAAAUAUAAGAAAAAUUGAGUUUCUUUUUAUUUU